AUGUCACCACCGAAUCACAUCAAACCUAUUCUCCAACAAAACACAACCGACGCCCCCAAAAGCAAUGGCAAGGCACCCACCCCAUCUCUCAGAAACCUGGCCAACCUUGAUGGAGCAGUCAGGGGGUUGGCCCCCAAUUCUUUUGGGUAG